GCUGCUGUUCAUCUUACUGAGGCACAUGUCCUAGACAGGCCACAUAAAGCAGUAAAUGACUAGUGAAAUUUCACAGAGCAAUGAUACUUUUGUUCAUCCCCAGACAUUUUUUGUUACCGGGUUUAUGGGUAUGCCAUACUCAAACUAUUACUACAUCUUCUUGUUGUUUAUUUACAUUUUAACGGUGUUAGCAAAUUCAUUAACCAUAUUGCUGAUUUAUGUUGAGGAGAGUCUUCACAGUCCAAAGUAUGUUGCCGUUGUACAUUUAGCAAUAGUUGAUAUAUUUGCCAGCAGUGCAGUUGUUCCUAGAAUGAUUCAUUCAUUUCUUUUUGAUGCUCAGGUGAUAACAUAUGAAGCUUGCUUGUCUGAUAUGUUUUUUUCUCAUUUCUUUGCAGCAAUGGAAUCAUUUUCACUCGUAGUUUUAGCCUAUGAUAGGUUUAUUGCUAUUUGUUUCCCUUUAAGGUAUCACAUUAUUGUAAGUCACACAAAAAUGUUAAAAAUACUUGGAAUGACCUGGUUCCUCGCUUUUAUAACUAUGGGCAUAUCAGUAGUACUGAUUACACGCCUCUCCUUCUGCAAAUCUACUGUUGUAACCAGUUAUUUUUGUGAUCAUGGACCUGUGUAUCAUUUAGCCUGUAAUGAUACUUAUCCGAAUUUUAUAAUGGCUCGAAUUGCUAUGACAUCAGUUUUUUUUGCACCAUUGACUAUAAUUGUAUGUUCAUAUGCAGCCAUACUGAAUGCAGUGUUAAAAAUUGGAUCUGCAGAAGGAAGACGAAAAGCUAUGUUGACUUGCACAUCCCAUUUAAUAUUGGUUGCGAUAUUUUAUAUUCUAAUAUCAGGAACAUAUAUUGCGUCAAUGAUCUCUGGUAUCCAUCAAAAUGCAAGAAUUAUCAACAAUUCACUCUCUGCUACAAUUCCAGCACUUUUAAACCCUAUCAUCUACACACUGAAAACAGAAGAAAUACUAAAUGCUGUUAAAAUGAGGUACAAAAGGAGAACUGCCGAAUUGGACACUAUGAAUCAUUAA